AUGGGUGCAGCUAUAUCGAUCCCGUUGAUGCCACUUGCGUGGUUGUCGUCCUCACUAGCUUCUUGCUUUGGAGCUGCUGCAUGCACGGCAUUCUGUUCUUCAAUCGGUGGCACGUUUCGGUCGUCCAUGAUGACCAGAAUCACCUAUGCCAUCAUGUUACUUCUCAACUCGCUAUUAUCGUGGAUAGCACUAUCGCCGUUCAUUGUGCAUAAGCUAGAGAAAGCGUCGUUUGGAUUUAUCAAUAUUGCGUGUGGUCCAGAUGGAAGCCAGUGUAUCAGCUUUACCUCGGUCCACAGAAUCAAUUUCGCCUUGGGGGUGCUACAUUUGAUCUUGGCUGGGUUGUUGGUUGACGUCAAAUCCACGGCAAACCCAAGAGCAGUUAUCCAGAACGGGUGCUGGAAGAUGAAAAUCUUGGCGUGGGUGGCUUUUAUAUUUAUCAAUUUCGUGCUUAUCCCCGACGAGUUUUUCGUAUUCUACGGAAACCACAUCGCCAUUGUGUUUUCCACCAUCUUUUUGGGGAUCGGGUUGAUUUUGUUGGUGGACUUUGCUCACGCGUGGGCCGAAAAAUGCUUGGAAAAGAUUGAAAUGGAAGAGCUCACGGGAGAAGGCGACGCAGGAUUCUGGAAGAAACUAUUGAUUGGAGGCACAUUGGCAAUGUACACCGCCAGUAUAGUGCUCACGGUGGUUAUGUACUGGUUCUUUGCAGGAAGCGGGUGUUCCAUGAACAAAACCGCCAUCAGCUUGAACCUCGUGUUUGCCACCAUCAUCUCGGGCAUGUCCAUCCACAACACGGUUCAAGAAUACAACCCGCAAGCAGGACUCGCGCAAUCGUCAAUGGUUGUGUUUUACUGCACUUAUUUGGUGAUGAGUGCCGUUGCCUCGGAACCUGACGACAAGUACUGCAACCCCUUGAUAAGGUCAAAGGGAACGAGAACUGCCAGCGUGAUAUUGGGGGCCUUUUUCACGUUUAUUGCCAUUGCUUACACUACGACAAGAGCAGCAGCAAACUCGGCGUUCAGCUCCGAAUCUGCAGACGAAAUCUCGGGCACAAACGCCACCCAGCCAGCAGCGAGAAACGAAAUGAGGUACCAAGCGAUAAAGCAAGCAGUUGACGAGGGUUCACUUCCGGAAAGCGCGUUGCACCAACAGGACCUCUACGAUGACGAAAACGCAGGCGACGAAGAGAGAGCAUCAGUGCAGUACAAUUACUCCUUGUUCCACAUUAUAUUCUUCCUAGCCACGCAAUAUGUCGCGACACUCUUGACGAUAAACGUGAAGCAGGAUGACUAUGGCGACUUCGUGCCAGUCGGCAGAACAUAUUUUGCAAGCUGGGUCAAGAUUGUCAGCUCGUGGGCAUGUUUUGCUCUAUAUGGAUGGAGUUUAUUGGCUCCUGUCAUCUGGCCCGAUAGAUUUGGCGUCCAGCUAUAG